UGGGGCUUCGACACACUAUGAAUGGGGCAGCAACAGGCAGCCGGCAGCCGGGCGGAGCGGUUGAUGUCAGCCGCUGAGCGCGGCGUUGGGGGGAUUGAUCUGGAGGUUAGGCAGCUGCUGGCUGAAUGUUAACAAGGCUCUCAGCUCUCCGUCGGUCCUGUGAGUCAUACGGAUUGUGGAGCCGUGGCGCUCCAGCUCCAUUGAGGUGGUGCGGCAGCAGCCGUGGCGGAGAGUGUGUGUGAGUGUGUUUGUGUGUGUGCGUGGAGUUGGGGGGGUUGGGGAGAGUGCGCUAGCUGUGUUUAGCAUGCUAAUAGAGGCUCUUUGUGACUGGAGCGGAGGGGGCUGCGAGAGAAUGCCGCUGAUUUUGUGAAUGGGGCCGUGAUCGCAGCUGGGGACGGGUUCAGAAGAUUCCGUCAGCAUCAGCGCUAAUUCAGCCUCAGCGCUAAUUCAGCCUCGGAGAUAAAUGUCCCUCGCUCACUCGGAGAGGGAGGUUAAUGAAUUACAGCUAGCUCAAUGGGUGCCGAGCGAUGGAAGGGAGGAGGAAGCAAGGUGGUGAAUCUCGCUGAUGCAGGAUGUGAAUGACAUUCAGGAAGACUGUGAUGCUGUGAUGCUGCUGCCCUGCUACGCUGAGGUUAAAGGCUCUUUGGGGAGGAUGUGAUGGGGCGGCCUCCGAGGCUCUAGACUCACCUGAGUUGGGAGCAUGUUCUAGACCAGUACCUACACAGCAACAAUGAAGAGCCUAGGGGCCAACCGAAGCCGCCACCUGUCGGACUCCUGUGGGCCAACAGCUGGUCCACAGGAGCCAAUAUGCCCCCUGACCCCGGACCCCCAUGCCACGUACCUGCUCACUCCCACCAUCAACCACUAUGGCACCCUGGAUCCCCACAUGCAUCACUUCGCACCCACCAGCCCCGUCCCAGUCAGCCCAAUGGCUCUGCAGCCAGACUGUUUGGUGCCGCUCAACAACCAGCUGACCACCAGCAGCACCUUCCCCACCUUCCAGUUCCCCACCCAGGCUGAGCAGAGCGAGUACGCACAGCAGCAGGGCUGUCUGGCUCAGACGGGCAGUCGUGCCGGCACUCUCACCAGUUCCAUGUCUAUGGGAAUGAGCCUGGGCCUGGGCCUCACAGCGCCCCCUAUGAUCAGCAGCGGGACGGCGACCAUCUCCUCGGCGGCGGCGGCCAAGAUGAACCGGCUUCCCGCCAGCCUGUUGGACCAGCUGGAGCGGCACCUGCCCCUGCAGCGAGACGGUUUCAGCACCCUGCAGUUCCACCGGCGCAGCCGCAGCACCAAACACGCUCGCAGCGAAAGCCCUGGUCGCAUCCGCAACCUGGUGCACUCAGUGCAGAAGCUGUUCGCCAAGUCCCAGUCCCUGGAGGGUUCAGCCGCCAAAGGUGCCGGGGGUCAGGGCACAGACGGCAACAAGACUACUCGUCGCAGUAAGAGCAAAGACCACGCCAAGACUGAGGGAACUAAGCGGCGGCCGCGUCCCAACCUGUCUGGAUUUUGGAGCUCAGACGAUGCACUGGAGGACGAAGCAACGAGCCCACCGCCGACUGGCACGGUGGCCGUAGCUUACCGGAACCCCCUGACCAUGAUGACUCUGGGCCGGGCCGUGUCUGAUAGCCAGGCGGCACCCAGGCACCACGCGUUACAGGGCUACAACACCAUCGCCACGCACUCGCUUAAGUCCUCUAAGAGCAGCGGGGACCUGAAGCCCCAGGUCACAGCGACACUUUCAGUCGGCGCAGUGGUGCCCCCUGUUUCUGGUCACGUGAUUGAUACCGCAUUGGUUAAGAGAGGCUCGUGGUCAACGCUAACGCUCAGCCAGGCCAGACAGGUGCUGCAGAAGGGCACGGCCACUGUUAACCGGACGCUACUUAAGACCAAGUCCUGCCACCAGGAGCUGGCCUGCAACUUCCUACAGGUGCCUCUGGGGGACUGGAGUGGGACGCUGGGUCGUGGAGGUGGUGGAGGUCCGGGGGAGAUCCCCUGCAGAAGGAUGAGAAGCGGCAGCUACGUAAAAGCCAUGGGGGACAUGGAGGACAGCGAGGGAUCGGAAAGCCCUCCCUCUCCAAAACCCUCGCCGAAAACUGCCGCCCGCCGCCAGAGCUACCUGAAGGCCACUCAGCAUUCCCUCAGCGAGCAGCAGCCACCCCCACUACCACGCAACUGCUUGCCAUCUCUGCGUGAGAUGACCACCAACCGCAGCCUGGAUAACCUGGACUGUCUGGUGGGACCGAGCGAAAUUCAGCACUGGGAGCCGGAGCCGAGGCUACCUCAGGGCUGCUCCACCUUGGGCCGAAGCGCUGGAAUCUGUCAGGUGGAGCAGGGCUACCUGUGCACGACGGCGUACCGACAGCUGGACUCGCACUCGGUGGAGGCGCUGGACCUGCCCACACCCACCUGCUUUCGGUCGCGCAGCCACAGCUACCUGCGGGCCAUCCAGGCCGGCUGCUCACAGGACGACGACACGGCCUCCCUGACCUCCGACGAGCCCCCGACGCCGCCCGCCAUGACCAACACCAACACCUAUAAGAAGACUCCGCCCCCUGUCCCUCCACGCUUCGCCUCCAAACCCCUCAUCGCAGUGACCAUUCAGAGUAGCACUGAGUCGGCCCAGGACACGUACCUGGACAGCCAGGACCAGCGUAGCGAGGCCAACAGCCAAUCGGGACGCAGCAACUCCUCGGACAGCGUCACCAGCUCCAGAACGGGGAGUCUGGCCAAGGGAGCUAAGAGGCCGCCCCUGCUCCCCCAGGUUCCAGUUCCGGCACCUCGGGAGCCCCCCUUGCCCCUGCCUGUGCCCCUGCCCAGCGCCCGGGUCAGCAGCCCACCCCUUUCUCUACCCCCCCUCCCAAUCCCAGAGGCCAAAACUGUAAGCAUCAGUCUCACGCCGGACGAGCCCCAAGCGCUGCCCAGGAGAAAACUCUCCUCCAUCGGCAUCCAGGUGGACUGUGUGCAGCCGGUACUGAGAGAGGAGCAGACCCCCACGACCAAGUUCCAGUCCAUCGGCGUGCAGGUGGAGGACGGCAGGCCGCUCAGUCGCUUCAGUAGCAUGGCUUCCAGACAGGAGACGACGGAGACGGAGUCUCAGGACCAGUCGGACGGUAAACCUUCAGAGAAAAGCUCCACCUGCUGCACCACUCAGACAGAGAGUUUUUCAGAAGGCUGUGGAGUCAACAGGACUCAGAAACCCCUUAAAAUCGGGGCCAUCCGCUCCAUCUCAGGGUCCAUCACUGAGAGUCUGGACCCAGCACUGGAUCCUUCUUCUCUGCCCCCUCCUGAUCCGUCCCUGCAGAGCAGCAGCAGCGCCGGGGCCAGCGGCAGCAGCGUGAACGGCACCGCAGAGCAGCCCGGAGCAGCUACGGCCUGCCUCAGGGACGGCCACUGGUUCCUCAAACUCCUGCAGGCGGAGACGGGCCGCAUGGAGGCCUGGUGCCAGCAGAUGGAGCAGGAGAGCAAAGAGAAAAAGCUCUCAGAAGAAGUGCUGGGGAAGAUCCGCAGUGCAGUGGGCAGUGCGCAGCUCCUCAUGUCUAAGAAGUUCCAGCAGUUCCGAGGCCUGUGUGAGCAGAACCUGGAUGUGAACGCUCAGCCGCGCCCCAUGGCUCAGGACCUGGCUGGAUUCUGGGAUCUGCUGCAGCUCUCCAUAGAAGACAUCAGUAUGAAGUUUGAUGAGCUCCACCUGCUCAAAUCCAACGACUGGAAACUGCCUGAGAGUAGCAACAAGAAGGAGGAGAAGAAGCAGCAGCCCACGUCUACCACGCCGAAGAAGACUUUAAAGCCGAAGCCCGCCGCAGUCAAGGAGAAGAGCAGCAGCAGCGACUCUGCUGCGGACAAGCAGCGGCAGGAAGCCAGGAAACGGCUGAUGGCCGCCAAGCGCGCGGUGUCAGAGCGACAGAACUCCGCCACGGAGAGCGCAGACAGCAUCGAAAUCUACGUCCCCGAGGCCCAGACACGGCUCUGAGAACCAGCGAGCGAGAGAGAGAGAGAGAGAGAGAGAGAGAGCAAGAGCGAGCGAGAGAGACACACACCUGCACCUACACCCUCGUUCACUCACUCACUCUCUCAUACACACACAAACACACACACAUACACAUAUACCCAAACCUGCCCAAACCUGCAGUCGCAUCUGCCUCUUCAAUAAGGAACAUUAUUAGCAAGGCUCUGACCCUCAUGGACACACUGAGUGGUGAGAUGCCCAUGUGGGGGCGGUAGUAGUCUCUACAGAGUCUCUACAGAGAGGCAGAAUGAAUGAUGAAGGGUAGGGGUGGUGGUGUGAAGGGUGUUGUGAAGUGUUGUGUGGUGGGUGGAGUCAGGACAGGGUGGGGUUAGGGCUGGGGGCGGAUCGUACAGAAUGGAGCACAGCAAAAAAACAAAAAAUAAAUAAAUAAACAAAACACACGCCAGAAGUAAGAAAAAGCAAACUGUGACGGAUGCCACAGAAGAACCUCCGUGUGACGUUGGAUAGCGUCUUUCUUCUUGUUAUAUUGAGUAUUACUAUUCUAAAAGGCUGUAAUUAUCUCAUGGAAUAUAUCUGAACUUUUUUUCGUCUGUAAAUUGUGUUAAUAUCUCGCUGCGUCGAGUGUGGGUGUGUGAGAGAGAGUGCGUAUGUAUGUGCGCUUGAGUGUGUGUGUGUGUGUGUGUGUGUGUAUGUAUGUAUGUAUGUAUGUAUGUGUGUUUUCAAGAAUCCUGAACCCUUUACUCACUCCAUGCAAUUGAAGCCAGACCCAUCAAGCUAUGAGCGCUACAGACAGAAGAUCACGCACUCAGGAUUAUUCUGCACGUGUGCACUUGUCUUUUUUUGUUUCAUCCACGCGGUCUUCCUAUUUGUACCACAUCAACACGUGAAUUGUUUUUUUUUUAUUAUUAUUGUUAUUAUUUUUGUUAUAAUUAUUAUUAUUAUUAUUUCUUCUAUGCUCGUUAUGUCUUACAAUCAUCCAAUCAGAUCUUUCAGAGGUGUGUUCCAGGGCCAGAUGUAGAAUCCAAUCCAAUGCAAUUCAACGAUGCAUUUCAGUGAAAUGUAGGUACAUGAAUGUGUUUAGACUUCUUUAGAUUAGCGAUGCAGAAUCGUGCGGUACGUCGUUUUGUUUAUUUGUUUGUAUUUUGUUUGAUUGUCGCUUUUUGUGAGGACCAUCGAUGAAUUCAAUCCCAGCAGUGGGUAUCGCACGUGGGUAUCGAAGGUUCUCAGCUAAAACCGAUGUGGGAGAAAGAGAGAAAAAGAGAGCGAGGACAUUUUGUUCAUCAUUCCUGUUGAUGUAUUUAUUAUUUUAUUUUAUUUUUAGUAUGUGUUUUUUUUUUUUUUUAGUUUAUUUUCAUUAGUUUGAACUCUCAUGUGAUUUGACUGCUGCACUUACAGCAAUGGGAGAAUUCUGCACUUCAACAGAGAGGCUUUAAAUGAUUGCUCAACCACUGUAUGCAUGUGUGAGAUGCAUAUAUACUACAGUCGUGUCCAAAGGUUUUGGCAACCCUAAUUUUCCAAGUGAACAAAUACACUCCAAGAAAAAGUUCAAUUUGGUUAAAGUUAGAUUUUUUUCUUGAGCUUGAUUUUGGAUCAUUGCUGUUGGGAUUUAAUGGCAUUUGGUUCUAUGAGCAUUCGUAAGAUUAGUUUCUCAGCUAUGCUACAAUACUAGGACCCUUCUACCUACCACAUGGCCUUGGACAUUUAGACUUGAGGCUUGUGUGUGGCAGUGCUUUUAUAUAGCAAUUAAACAAGUAGUGUGUGCACAUGACUAAAUAACGUGAAAACAGUACCAGUCAAAAGUUUCUGCAUUGUGGAUAAAUACUAAAGUCAUUCAAACUAUGAAGAAAACAUAUGGAAUUAUUAAGUUAAACAAACCAGAAUAUAUUGUCUGUUUUAGAUUCUUUAAACUAGCAUCUCUUGCUUAGAUUAGACAGUUUUGCACAUCUUGGAUGGAUUUUCUCAGUCAGUUUUGUGAAGUAGAGUCACCUAGAAUUCAGGCUUUCAGUUAACAGCUGUGCUGAACUUGUCAAGAGUCAAAUAUGUAAAUUUCUUGCCUCCUAAAAAUGUGUUUAAAAGCAUUAGUUGUAAAGUUGUGAAGAGGUAGAGCUGGUAUACAGUAAAUAGCCCUAUUUGAAUAAUGCUCUAAUCUAUUUUAUAGCAAGAACUACUCAACUAAGUAAAGAACAAAAAUAACUAAGGGUGUUUUCACACCUGUAGUAUGUUUCUCUGGUCCAAAUUAGUUGAUGAGUUUGUUUACUUGGAGCUUUUCUCCCUCUGUUUGGUUUGGUUUCACACAGGCAUAAACCAAAACGCAUCCAAUGAACCACACAAGCACACCGUCUCCUCUGAUUGGUCAGAGCUGUCUGACGUGGGAGUAAAUAUAAAUAUGCUUAAAACGCUAUGCUUUAAAACAGUGUUAAAAUGAAGAUCAGUCCAUCUGAACAAAAUUUGCAGUCUCAAAACCCACCAAAAAUGUCAUGAUGAAACUGGCUCUCAUCAGGACCACCCCAGGAAAGUAAGAGCAAGAGUUUUAUCUGUUGCACAGAAUUAGAUCUUCAGAGUUACCAGCCUCAGAAACUACACGUUAUGAGCUUCCCAGAUAUGAGCCACCUCAACGCUUCACAAAGUAUUUUGGUUUGUUUUUUUAACACUUUUUUUAAUUCCUUGUUUUUUUUUUUUCAUUGUCUGGGUGACCUCCGUAUUCAUUCAUAAUGUAGGGAAAAAAGAAAAACAUUGAAUGGGAAGGUGUGUUUAAAGUUUUGAUGUGUAUGAAAUGGCAAAUAUGUCAGAUUAGACUUUAGAUGAGAUAUGAAUGCAUUUCAAUAUGCCAAAGGAUGCCAAAACCUUUGCAGACGAGUGUAACACUGUGCAUGUUCUCUGUUUUUAGACGUUCAUACACUCUCCUCCAGCACUUCACUCAGAUCAUCUCUCAUGGCUCCGGCCCAUGAUUUUGCUUUGUUUUACUGAAUAUUUUCUCUGAUUGUUUACUUUUCCACUAUUUUCUUUUGUAAUUGUAGUUUUUUUUUUGUCUCUGUACUUUAGUUGACUUUUUGUUUGAACUUCAGUUUGGAUGUCAUUCCAUGAUUCCUUAUUUCCAUGCUUCCAUGAUCUGUACUUCCUCCCCCUGUUGUUGAUCCUGCUCCAGUGCUUCAUGAAUGUAGGUGUGAACAGUUGUUGCAGCUGAACGGUAUGAGUAGAUUAACUGAGCUGGAGCAGCAUUUAUUUCCCACCACGCUACGACAUUCCUGUGUGUUUCCAUAUACAACGGCCUGCUGAGGCCACAGAUUUGGGUUCUUAAAUUUUUAUAUUGGAUAUUAAAACAAACAAAAAUCUCCCUUUA